AAUAUAGCUGCAGUACGUGUCGAAUUUUGUCAGUGUUUUAAAUAUUGGAGCAUCCCCAAAGCUCGGCAGUACAAAAUCUCUGCAGAUAUAUUUCCUGGCAUAAUUUGUUUGGCAUGCCAAGUUCGUUGCCUAAGUCAGAUUCAAGCAUAUGACUUCCGCGCAUAAAAACUAUCACAUACUUUCAGGGCUGCGUAUUUAUUUUUUGUGGAUGAUACGUGUCAGUUUUGCCUUAUCGGCACGAUCGAUUAGCACUUGAAAAUCGAAUAUGUGCACAUUAGCCAUCGAUAUAUAAAUGUGUUUUUUUCACAUCACCAAAGGAAAGCUUGCUGCGAUCUUAGUGCGCUUGAUUUUAAAUUAUAAUAAAAUUGUUAAACUGUGUGAUAGUUAAAAGCCUAUUCGAAAUGUCUACAUCCCAGGCAACAAAGAACUGCAUAACAUUGAAGGGUUCCGCUACUAUUAUAGUGGAAUAUCUAAAGUAUGGCAUUAAUUCGAUAUUGUUUCAACGUGGAAUAUAUCCUGCGGAGAACUUUGACAGCACGCAGCAAUAUGGCUUGACAAUACUUAUGUCCAAGGAUCCAAAGAUCACAUCCUUUUUGCAGAAUGUGCUCACUCAGACAGAAGAAUGGCUGGCGAAGAAUAUGAUUAAUAAGAUAUCCAUGGUCAUUACCAAUGCACACACCAAGGAAGUGCUCGAGUGUUGGGACUUCAAAAUGCAGGCUGAGGUAGGUGAUGGUGAGACUGGCGAUCCCACCAAGCUAACUUCCUCGAAGGAGCUCAGCCGCAUACAAAACGAAAUUAGAGAUGUUAUGCGACAAAUCUCUGCUACAGUUAGCUAUCUACCGCUGCUGGACUGCAUAUGUACUUUCGAUGUGAUGAUACAUACGCUGCAAAAUACAGAGAUUCCAGCACAGUGGGACGAAACCGGUGCAGUAUUUAUACAGAAUGCCCAGGCGGUGCAGCUGCGGUCGUUCUCGACGGGCUUGCACAAGGUGGACACUGUGGUCAAUUACAAAAUGAGCUCCUAA